GUUUCUAACAGUAUUAUAAUAUAGUAUAUAUUUCUUAUUUGCCACGAUGUCUUCCUUCAAUUUCUGCAAAGACCAGCCACCAGAUGAGAUUAUUUCAAUGUUGCAAAAGACCAACAAGUUAAAUGAAGAGCAAUAUGGAAAAUUGCAAGAUAUUACUUUUUCGUUUCUUACGAACUCAAUCUCCGCAGAAGCAUUUGACAGAGAACUUAAUAAUUACGCUGAUUCAUAUGGGAUCAAAGCCACUCCAUUGAAAAAUAUGGCAAAGAUUUUGAUUAUUGUUGCAAAUGCGAUGAUAAAGAAAAACUUGAGCGUAGUUCAAGUCGAGUCUGAUCUGAAACAAAUGAACAUGAACGAUUCCCAUAUAAAUACAUUUUGUGCGAAAUGGAAGACAGACAUUGCCAAAAUGCGAUUUUCUCUUUUAAUGGGAUCAACCAGAGGGAAGAAAAUGACCGGCUUGGAUUGGAAGUUCGGAGUGACUGCAUCCAGUAGUGAAAAUAAGAAAGUUGGAACAUGUUUCAUUCAGAUGAAGUUCACGCUAGAAGGGGAGGAUCGCAAGAUUGAAGACAUAGAAGUUGAACUAUCGCUGCCUCAAUUUUAUGACUUCAUGCAUGAAAUAGAAAAGGCUAAAAUAAGUCUCGAGUCCUUGGGAUGAUUUUUAACCUUAAAGCUGGGUAGACCGGGAACAUUUGAACAGUGUUAUAUUGAGAAUCACAGCCUGCUAUAAUUGAUCUCAUUGAUGUACAUGAUUAUUCAUCAACGUGUUAUUUAAUCUUAAAGCCAUGGAUGUUUGCCCAAGGAUUACCUUCGUUUUCUUUCGUAACAUUAGCUAAUCAGCAAUAGAUUUUAUAGUUCUUUCUGAAGAUAUUUUAGAUAUAAAUCCCAUAGCUUUUUUGUCCAUGGUUAUGAACAUGGAAGCCAGUUUCAAAGCCCUCUCGCAACAAGCAUCAGAAAUUCACAAUGAUAAAGUAUAUAGCAUUGGUUUUCAAACUUUUUAAGCCGCGUCCCCUUUUUAGAAUUUGUCAAGUCUCGCGCCCCACCUCAAUGAUAACUAGCCGACAUAAAGCUACAAAUAACGGAUGGUAAGCCGAAAGUAUGUUCUAGUCGAAAUACAUGGAUGGAACGUAAAUAUCCAAAAUAAGGUGGGCAAGCUCGAAUAUAACCAAUAUUUUUAUAAGCUUCACGCAAAGCCCUCAGUUUGGGUAAACGUCCAUCAUCGGAUGCUUUAUUAAUGAGGCUGCAAAUUAUAAUAAGUGUGUGUAUCCAUUCACAUACUAACUGACCUGGUAAAGGACGAUUAGGCCACCCAACAAACUGUUCCUGGUCGAUAGAAUCCCAUCAAGUGCAAUAUUUUUGAAUAUCCUUUUUAUUUCUCUAAUAAUAUGACAAUGAAAGUGAAUAAAAUUUACAGUAAUGCAGCACCUUACACCAAAAUCUGUGACAAGGUCUAUUUUAAAAAUAAACUUUACGAAUACUGUACAAAAAUGUAUCUCUUAUGUUUAUAAUAGAACAUGCAGGAUUUUGAGUGAAUGUUAAGGAUGGAUGUUUCCAUUGCUUUAUAAUAAAUCUCCUAGAAGCGGUAAUAACAACCAAAAGGCUUCAGAAAACUAUUUGUGAUGCAGAGACUGCCAAUAACAGUUAUUUAUCAAGGAUCAACCUAUGACAGACUUAGGAGGAGUUCGUUAUAUCUGGGACAGUGGUUCAUCAUCUCAGAGUUGAAAAUUUCAAAUUUUUGUCAGCUCUGAAGAUACCAAAUCCACGGAAAGAGACCCAUUUGAAAAGAUGUCAUAUACAUAUAUCAGCUCUCCAAACUAACACAUGGAUAGAGUUUUGAAAGUAAAUACCAUUUAUAAAAACAGUCAAAACACCAGACCGCAAGAAGGUGGAACAGAACCCAUAAAUUUCUUAAUAACCUCUACAAAUCUGAAGAAGAUUUAUUUAACACUUGAACUUCUGUUUGUGCACCAAAAAGUUUCAGUAAUCUAGAAGGCUUUGCACGAAAGAUAUGCUCUCUCUAGCUCAGUGGUUCCCAACCAUUUUGCCUCGAUGAACAGGUAACAUCGAAUAAGACGACUUUGCGGACUGCCUGUUUUGCUAUAGAGUUGUUUUUGACUGCAUGAAACAAUUCCGAAUUAUAAAAUAGGGCACUGGAAUACCAAAUUUUUGGC